AUGAAGGUUGAUGUUCUUAUCGUGGGCGCUGGUCCUGCAGGACUCAUGGCAGGGGCCUGGAUGGCCAGGACCGGUGUGAAGACUCUGAUAAUCGACCAGAAGCCGUGUCGCACCCAGUCCGGCCAUGCUGAUGGCAUCGAAAGCCGCACGCUGGAGAUCCUCGACAGUUUCGGGAUCGGCGAGGGGGUCUGGAGAGACUCGAACCGGACCAUCGAGUUGUCUUUAUGGUAUCAACAACAAGGCGUCCUGCAACGAGAGGCCGUCAUGCAGAACUGCAACCCCGGGCUCUCUCGAUACCAGGAAUGCACGCUGGGUCAGGGGAAGAUCGAACAGCGACUUUUAGACCUGAUCCAUGCUCACGACUGUGUAGAGGUGCAAUGGAACACCUCACCGGUGGAUUUGAGGGUGAACAUCCCUGGGGAAUACCGGAUUGAGAUGCAGAUCCAAACGGUCCAAGAGGUUGAGAUCAAGACAAUUCACGCAAAAUACCUGCUGGGCUGCGAUGGCGCACAUAGCUGGGUGAGAGAACGACUUGGCCUGCGUCUCGAAGGAGACAAGAUGGACGAACACUGGGGUGUUUUUGAUGCCAUUCCAAUCACAGAUUUCCCCGACAUUCGUAAACGAUGCAUCGUCAGAUCCCCUGUUGGCCAUCUCAUGGUCAUUCCUCGCGAAGCCCGUCUGGUCCGCUGCUACGUCCAGCUGGACUGUCGCACUGCAGCCGAGUUCAAGAAGAAUUACCAUGCAGAUAUCCUUGUCAAGCUGGUUGCCACCAUUCUCCAGCCGUAUCGCUUCGAAGCCUCCCAGUUGGAAUGGUCGACCAUCUACACCGUCGGACAACGUCUCUGCCAAACACUGUCAAUGCACAACCGCGUCUUCCUCGCCGGCGACGCCAUCCACACGCACUCGCCCAAAGCCGGCCAGGGGAUGAACGUCAGCAUGCAAGACACGUUCAAUCUCGGCUGGAAGCUCGCAGCGGUGCUCAAAGGCCAAGCCAGCGCCCGGAUCCUGCGUACCUACGAGGUGGAACGUCUGGCUGUUGCCGUCCGGCUGGUCGAGUUCGACAAACGCAUGGUCCAAGCCGUGUGUGGGAGGACGCUCAACGCACACACCAGGAAUAGCAUCCUGCAGGAGGAGAAUAGCUCGGCGUCGGGGCUGACGGCUCGGUAUUGUCCCAGUCUGCUCACUGUCCCUCGGGGGGAUCUGGCGGCGAAUCUGACUGUCGGGAUGCGUUUCCCCAGCACCCCAGUCUUCUGUCAGAGUGAUGCCCGGCCAUGGCAUCUCCAGCAGCUGUUGCAGAGCACGGGAGCAUGGCAUCUCCUCGUCUUUGGCGGCAAUCUUUCUGCUGUCUCACAGAUGAAAAGGGUGGAACGGUUGGCAGCUGCCGUGGCAGACCAUCAUCUAGGUAUAUUAUCCGCGUAUCUCAUCCAUUGUGCGUCCCGACAGGAGGUGGACUUGAUGGAUCUGCCUGCUCUCUUCCGCCCUUUUGAUGCCUCGCAUGGAUACGACUAUUGGAAGGUGUUUGCAGACAGGCAGCCGUCUGUUUCUAGUCAUGGACCGGGAGAAGCAUAUCGGUUCUAUGGAGUAGGCGAGGAGGGAUGUGUUGUUCUUUUACGCCCAGACCAGCAUGUUUCUUUCAUUGGGAGUCUGGAGGAUAUCAACAGUAUUGUUGUGAUCUUUACAUCAAUUGGAUGGAAUGAUAGAGAUAGCUAA